CUCGCACUGAGCACAUGUGUACGUUUCAUCCAGUCGAAUGUUGUCAGAGUUAGUAGUGCGCGCCUCCGUCUUAACGCGGUGCGAUAGCGAUGCGAUGUGUGUCUGUGGCGUGUAGUGUGCUUAGAGCAGUAUGCCGGUCCCGAGUGUGCUAUUAGUGGUGGUGCUUGUGCUGGUGCAGAGUGCGGCGUCGCUGAGCAGUGCGGCGCUUCGCUACCAGGCGCCCGACGAGUGCCGGUGGCUGGCGGCGACCGCCGAUGGCCGCGAGAGGGAGUUGUCCGCCGAGGGCGAGCUCGCCGACCAGGAGGUGGCUCUCGUCUGUCGGCUGCGAACCAUCAACUCAGAAAUCGAAAACACCAACUUCAGUGUCAUCCAAUCCCAGUACACUGUUCGGCUACGCAUUGAGUGUGCCGACAUGUUCUACUUCCAAAGUUCGCUUGCACCGGGCAGCUUUCACACGCUGACCGACCUGCGCGAUCUGUCAAUAGAGUUCUGUAAGGUGGCCAAUCUGACCGCGGGUGCGUUCCGCGGGCUGCGACAACUGCGCAACCUCACCCUGCGCACGCACAACACAGAUUGGUCGGCCAUGACGCUCGAGAUCGACGCCGACGCUUUCGACGAAGAACUCAACCUCCUCGAACGCCUCGACCUCGGCCUCAACAAUAUAUGGAGUCUACCCGAGGGCAUAUUCUGUCCUCUGCACAAUGUCGAGUUCCUCAACCUCACCCGUAACCGGAUACGCGAUCUCGAGAACUUCAAAUUCGGUGGUGCAUCAGAUGCACAUCCGAGAUGUGGUGUCAAUCUAAGAACUUUAGACUUAUCCAACAACAGUAUAGAUUCCCUUCCUUCUGCCGUCCUUUCAAAACUAUCCCGACUCCGUGAACUGAACCUACAAGGCAAUGCCAUUUCCUUCAUAGCCGACCAUGCACUGGACGGCCUGUCGUCCCUCAUCACCCUCAACCUAGCUGACAACAAACUGGUGACCCUACCUCCCGAGCUGUUCUCGGACGCGAGAGACGUGAAAGAGCUGCACUUGCAGAACAACUCUAUCAACGUGCUGGCACCGGGUCUAUUCAACGACCUCAACCAACUGCUGGUGCUCGACCUGAGUGACAACGAGCUCACUGACGAGUGGGUCAACGCCGCCACAUUCGCCGGCCUCCUGCGUCUCGUCGUCCUCAGCCUCUCCGGCAACCGCAUCACCCGCCUCGAACCCUCCACCUUCAGAGACCUCUACAGCCUCCAAAUCCUCCGGCUAGAGGACAACAACAUCGAGAGCAUAGCUGAAAACACGUUCCUAUCACUCAACAAUCUUCACACCCUCAUCCUCUCUAAAAACAAACUCACUAGAAUAGACAGCAACACGUUCAGUGGACUACUUGGACUAAGUGUUUUAUCUGUAGAUAACAAUAAAAUCGAGUACAUUGACCCUGAAGCACUGAAAAAUUCAUCCGGACUACAAGAUUUUCACUUGAAUGGAAACAAAUUGUACGACAUACCAGCUGUACUAUCAGAUAUCCCACAGUUGAAAACAUUAGACUUGGGUGACAAUCUGAUAACUGAACUGUUCAACAAUUCAUUCACAACAAUGCAAGAGCUGGUUGGAUUACGUUUGACUGAGAACAACAUAGGAAAUAUUACAAAAGGUGUUUUUGAUAAAAUGACUUCAUUGAAAAUUUUGAACUUGUCUAGUAAUAAAAUACAGAAAAUCGAAACCGGAUGCUUUGAUAAUAAUAAAAACUUGUUAGCUAUAAGAUUGGAUGGAAACUAUUUGACUGAAAUCAAUGGACUGUUUGGAAAACUCCCGAAUCUAGUGUGGUUGAACAUUUCUGAAAACUUGUUACAGUGGUUUGAUUACGCUCAAAUACCAACAGGACUUCUGUGGUUAGAUAUACAUGGGAAUCAAAUAGCUGAACUUGGAAAUUACUUUGAGAUUGAGAGCCAGCUGCAUCUGACAAUGUUUGAUGCCAGUCACAAUAAACUAGCAGAAAUAACAGGCAGUGCAAUUCCAGACAGUGUUGAAAUCCUGAACCUUUCAAACAAUAUCAUAUCCAAAGUGCAAUCCUACACAUUCUUCAAAAAACCUAACCUCACUCGCGUUGAACUACAAGGCAAUCAAAUAAAAAGUCUAACCCAAAACUCCUUACGAAUAUCCACCAUUCCUCAUGACAAAGAAAUACCUGAGUUCUACAUAGGCAACAAUCCUUUCCAAUGUGAUUGUACAAUGCAGUGGUUACAACAGUAUAAAGUGGAUGACGAAAGAAAAACACCCAGACUGAUGGACUUGGAUACUGUUGUUUGUAAACUCCUCUACAACCGAGUGAAAUCGUUUGUUUUACUACAUGAAGCAACUCCGGAUCAAUUUCUGUGCCAAUACGAUUCGAACUGUUUUCCGUUCUGCCACUGUUGUGAUUUUGAUGCUUGUGAUUGUGAGAUGACUUGUCCCAGCAACUGUACAUGCUAUCAUGACCUGUCCUGGUCAGCGAACGUGGUCGACUGUUCAAGAUCAGGUUAUGUGGAUAGACUUCCUGAAAGAAUCCCAAUGGACUCCACACAACUAUAUCUGGAUGGCAACAACAUUAAAACAGUUGGAAGUCACAGUUUUAUUGGUAGGAAGAAGUUACAAGUUCUAUUCCUAAACAACUCUAAUAUUGAAGUGAUUCACAACAGAACAUUUAACGGAUUGAGAGAGUUAGAAAUGCUUAGAUUAGAAGACAAUAAAAUUACUGAACUGAAAGGCUAUGAGUUUGAAGGUUUGGAGAGUUUGAGAGAGUUGUAUCUGCAGAGCAAUCGAAUCACAAAUGUUCACAACACAACAUUUGUCAGUUUGACUCAGCUGAGAGUGUUGAGACUUGAAAACAACCGCAUCUCAUCGUUUGCAGUGUGGCAACUACCAACUACACUCACACAAAUUGGACUAUGGAAUCCGUGGUCGUGUCAGUGUGAAUAUGUGGAACGAUUCAGAGACUAUUUACUGUAUACGGCCCACUUUGUGAUAGACGGUGCGACAGUUCGGUGCCAUAAUUCGAGUGAUGACACUGAGGAGAGUGGUUUCAAUGUGAUUAAGGACAAUGUCACAUCUUGUAUCAGUUACAAUAUCAGUAAUUUCAUUGAGACAAGUGAGAAUGAUAACAGAACAGCUACCACAAUAAUACAAAGACAGGAAAUACAAGACUAUAUACCUUUAGUUGUGGCAACACUGGCUGUGUUCUUUGUUAUCAUAGUUGUGACGUUUGUUGUGUUUGCGUAUAGACAAGAGAUGCGUGUCUGGUUGCACUCGAGGUUCGGUGUGCGACUGUUCUACAGGACGAGUGAGAUAGAGAUGGACGACAGGGACAAGUUGUUCGAUGCAUUUGUCAGCUACAGUGCAAAAGACGAGGCGUUCGUCGCUGAGGAGUUGGCUCCAGUGCUGGAGAACGGCGACCCGCCCUACAAGUUGUGUCUGCAUUACAGGGAGUUCCCGAUGGGGGGAUUCCUGGCAGACACCAUAGCCCAAGCGGUGGAGUCGUCGCGACGCACCAUCAUGGUGCUGUCCGAGAACUUCAUCAAGUCGGAGUGGUGUCGGUUCGAGUUCAAGUCGGCCCACCACCAGGUGCUGCGAGAUAGGCGGAAAAGGUUGAUAGUCAUCCUAUUGGGUGAGGUGCCCCACAAAGACCUCGACCCCGACAUAAGACUGUACCUGAAGACAAACACCUACCUGCAGUGGGGCGACAAGCUCUUCUGGGAGAAGCUCAAGUUCGCGCUUCCCGACGUGCCCAACAACCAGAGGCCCAGGAACAACCAGCACCAUCAUCAUCAUCACCAUCACAUGCACAGGCACCAUAACCGCAACCACCACAACCACAUCAUCCAGAUGCAACAACAACUGCAGCAACAACAGCAGCAGCCGCCAUCCCAACAACAGCAGACCAACACCGCCAGGAGUAUGGCCAUCCACAUCUAGUGAAAAUUGUUGUUGUUCUUUAGUGCUUAAGUGAAUCAAAGUGAUGUAAAAGUUGUAAAUAUGUUGUAAAAACAACAGUCCUGUGCAGUGCCUUGUCAAUAUUGGAUUAUGUGCAAACGGUGAUGAUAACCUGUGUUAAAAGUAUAAAUAUGUAAGUAGAAACAAAUUUUAUACAUAAUGUACAUAAAUAAUUUAAUCGUAUUUCGGAAACGCGAUGCAAAAAUACUAUAAAUAUAUAAAUAGCUAGCUUAUCCCGCGAAAUUUGUAAAUAUUGUAUCAUAAUAUUUUUGUUCGAUUCGAGACUUUGUUUUUGAAACGUGAAUUAUUUAUAUUUGAGUCAUAAAAAUGAAAAUAGAUAGCUUGUUUUGAAUAAUGUAAACUAAUAACGUGUUUUGUAAAUUUUGUUUGUUUUAAAUUUCAUUUCAUGGCAAAAAUAACUUUUAAUCCCUUGGUGCUAGAGAAAUACCUGUAAAUUUCAUCUUGAGAUUGAUUUUACAUUCCUUUUAAAAAUAUAUAUUUCAAUUUGAAACAAAUUAAGUAUUCGAAGAGCAUUAGUAAAAUAGAGAAAUAAAAAAAUACCGGUGCUUUUGAUAAUGGUAAAUAGAUAACCGGUGGCAAUGAUAAAUAAUAUAAAUUAUUCAUUUCAGCUUUCCUAUGUUCUGCUACUCUGCUAAGAUAAAUAAAGUAACAAUUUUAGAAUAAUGAAAAAGCUAAAAAUGACAGAAUAGAGUUUCUUGAUUUAGGCUACUGAGAACCAAUCAUUUUCAAGUGUAUGUGAGUAAUUGAUAUUCAAGCCUAAAGUUAAACACUACGUCUAUACUGAAUCAAUUUCAAUUUCUGUCCUUUUUUAUAGGAGAAAUGAUAUCUAUUAACAGCAACAAUAUGAAAAGCACCGGUAUUUUUUUAAUUAAUUAAGAUCAAACAUUCAAUUGAUUAAUACUGCCAGCAAUAUUAGGGUCCCUAUGUUUGUUAUUAUUUGCCAAUUGUUAUUUAUUAUUUUUUCAGUUGAUGAGAAGUCAGAAUGUAUUAUUUAAAUCGUUUGAUUAGGGAUUUUAGAAGACAAUGCUCGCAAUGACUGAGACCCCCUUUAAAAGUGUGAUAUUUAUGUAAGUUAGUGAUGUAUUUUGAACACUAGAUGUUAAAAUUGAAUAUAUUAUAUAAAUAUGAAUAGAAUUAUAUAUUGAAAAUCAAUUUACUGUGGGAAAAAUGAAAAAAUAAACCCCAUAUUGAAAUUUA